UUUUAGUAGAAAAAUAAAUAGUGUUAUGACAAGCAAUUUUUUAAAUUCAGAUGAAGAAGCUGUUUUAAGGCUUCGUAUUGAUGCUUUAAAAUCUGCAUCUAGGAAAGCUUUUCAUAGAAUUGAACAAAGUAUAAGUAGUGAAAUGGAAAAUGAAAGUGAGAAUGAACUUCGUGAAAUGGCACUAAAAAGUAUAUCAAAAGAUUCGUCAAAAAUUCGUGCUAAAAAAACUGAAGCUUCUAAUAUUGAGCGUAAAGAACCAAUUAAACAUAGCAAUGAUGAUUUAAAGCUUCGGCAAGUUGCAUUAAAGUCAUUACUACAAAAGAGAUUGUUGAAAACUGAAGAUUUGCUUAAAAAAGCAAACAACAAGGUUAUGCAACAAAAUGUUCAAAACAAAGAUGAAAGUAUAACUCCAAUAAAACCUUCAACAAAGAUCACAGAUCUUAAGUCUAAAAAGAUUGAAGAUCACAAAUCUGUUACAAAAAUAACGAAACCAAAAUCUUCUUCAAAGAUCAUAAAGACAAUCAAGACCAGAGAUAAAACUGUUGAUAAAUCACUGACACAGAGUAUUCAAAAUACUGCUGAGUGUAUUGUGAAACAAAGUAAGAUUGAAUCAGAUCAGAAUGGAGAUGAUAGUAUGAGAGAUACUUUUGUUAGAGAAUUAAGUAUCAGCAAAAUAUUAGUAUCACAAAAUGAAGAUGACCAAAUUUCUCUAUGUGUAUCAGAUAACGAUGACAAGGAAUUGUGCUUAUCAGAUAAUGAUGAUAAGGUGUCAUGUGUUUCAGAUCAUGAGGGUGAACUGUUAAAAAAUAACACAGAUUUAUGUAAGGUAAAAAUGACUAUUACAGAUUCCAAAUCCAAUUUCGAUGAUCUUCAAUCGCUAGAAAAAUCUAAUGAUUUGUUUCAACUUCCUAUUGACUGUACUCCUUUGCUAAGUGUAGUAGAACAUUCUUUUGGCUCAAUUGACAACAACGAUAUAGAUUUUCAUAAUAAUAAUACCACUUCAAAAAAUAAUUUUUCAGAGGAUAGUAAAUUAUGUUCAGAGCAAAGUGAAAUUUUAGAGAAUCAAGAAUCAAGAUGCAUCACUGAUUUGAAUUCUGUUAAAGGAUGUGAUGAUAUAUCUGCAGAAGAUAAAGAUUUAAACAUGUGUGAAAAUCAUGCAAUUGAUUCAAAUAAAACAAGUUCCUUAGUUUCUAAUUUUUGUUUGGACAAUAAUGAACCAGGUCCAAGCGGUUACAAGAAGUCCAAUGAUGUGGUAUAUGACUCAGAUGCUGAACAUUCUAUUAUAGAAAUAACUCCCCCUGCUAAAAAAACCCACUUAGUUAUUGAGUUAUCUAGUGACUCUGACAGUUCUUUUGUGGACAAGACAAGUUCUCUUGGGAACAAAGCACUUAUUAAAAACAAAAGAAGGUCAAAGCAAAAAGUUAUACAAGAAGAACUUAGUCGUCAAACAACAAAGUCGCCAGGAAGAGAAGAUAUGAAGGACAGCAUAUGUUCAGUUUGUCUUGGUCCAUUUGAAAAUCGAUCAUUUCUGCUUGAGUGCUUUCAUUCAUUUUGUCAUAUUUGCAUUAUACAGUGGUCAGAAUUAUCUCGUACAUGCCCGCUAUGUAAGACUAAGUAUAAAUCACUUAUCCACUCUGUUAAUAGUGAUUUGGAAUAUCAACAGUAUACUUUUCCUGAAGAAUCAAAGUUGAGUGAUCAAGUGCAAACGCAGCGAGUUCAAAAUGGAAAUGAUGGAAGAAGGUUUCGCUACCAAACCACACUUGUUGAUUCUCAUGCAUGGGCACGUAGAAGAGCUGAGCGUGAAAGAGUUGAAAAUACUCUUUCACAAGGUCGUGAGCAACGAAAGAUGUCAAGAAGAUUAAAGUGGUCUGCUACAAAAGACAGAAGAAAGGCAGUUUAUCGUUUACAUAUGCAUGUCAAAGAAGUUAAACAAAGAGGGCGACCAAAACUGAGGGAUAUCAGUUGUGAAUUUUUUAAAGAAAACCCCGCACUGAAACAUCGAUUGGUACCAUGGCUUUUGAGGGAUUUAAAUGUUCUUCUUGGUGAUAAUGAUGAAAAUAUCAGAUUUGUAAUGAGCUUGAUUUUGAAUCUUAUAUCCAACAUUUCUAUGGAAUGUGAAGAAUUUAAAAAGCAGCUUGAGCCGUUUCUUUUUAAGGAAACCGACCAUUUUAUUGCAGAGCUUAUAAGUUUUGCUCGCUCACCUUAUGAUAUUAAAGGUUAUGAUGACAAUGUUGUUUAUGAUGUCUCAAUACACAAUCCAGUUCAUGUAAUUGAAGAUUCUCUUCAAGAGCGUUUGUUAAAUGAUAUUUUGGAUGGAAAUGAUGACGAUGAUUCAAGGAAUAUUGUCACUAGCAUUGAUGUUGGUUCAAAUUCAACAGACUCGCCAAUAGUACAAAACAUUGACACUUCACCGGAAGUUGAGGUGUCACCUGAAGUGGAAUGUUCACAGGAAGAAGUUGAGGAAAAGCUAGAAGAACAUGAUACAGAUAUUUCCCGCAAUAAAAAGAAGAAAAAGAAAAAAAAGAGAAGAAAGCAUAAAAAAAGGUCUAAAGAAAAUAUUACAGAAUCAGUUAGUUGUGUUGAUAAUGAUGACAUUGAUACCGAAAGAGUUAUUGAUGGUGGUAACGAGGAGGCUGUGAACGAUUUCGGCGACAAGGAUAUUAGUAGUGGCCAUCAGGUUACUAACAAUGUCCGUGACAAUCUCAGUAAUGAUAUUCGUGAGAUUAUCGAUGAUGGUGACAAUCUCAGUAAUGAUAUUCGUGAGAUUGUUAUCGAUGAUGGUGAGAUCAAAGAACAUUUAGACGAUCAAAAUCAAAAACAUAAAAAAUACAAAAAAAAGCACUCAAAACAUAGACAUAAGAAGAGACAUCGAAAACAUUUUGACGAUGAACUUUUAGAAACCCGUAAACACAAAAGAAAACGUCUGGACAACGAAGAUGCAGAAUCAUUAACACAUAUCCACAAAAAGAAAAAAAAAGAAGAUAAUCAUCAUAGUUCUCAUGACAGUAAACAUAAAAAAAAAAAAAAAUCUAAUCACCAUUCCCGAAAACGUAAACAUGACAAUCGUGACGAUUGUGAUAUCGGUAAUGAGAAAUGUCUGGAUUUAGGAAACUCUAAUAUAAUAUCUUGCCCGGAUAAAACAUUGAUAAAUGAAGAUAUUUUAAUUGGUGAUGAAAGUACUAAAACCCAUUCAAAAAAAAAGAAAACGGAACACAAGUUAGAGCGAACUCAUAAAACCGAACGUAAAUCAGAUCGAACUCAUAAAAAGAAGGCUAAAAAACACAAAUCAAAGAAAAAAAGAAAACGAAAUCAUUCGAACAAUUUGAAUAGCAAUUCUCAUCAUGAUUUAACACACGUGAUAGAUUUACGAGAAACUGAAAAGAAAAUAGAAUCGCUGUUUGCAAGUAUUUCGAAGCGAUAUAAUCUUCCUUUGAUGAUACCUUCAGAAGAAAAAAUUUACGACAAAACUUUGCUUGAAAAUGAAAGUUCAAAGAACACAGACUUUGAAACUAUGGAUAAAAAUGCACGCGAAGUUCGGGAUUUUAUCCAUAACUUAAAUCCCCAAAAUAACGCAUACGAAUCGCGUGUAGAUAUUGUUCGGGAAUUACUGCGUGUGGAAAAAGCACUUAUUAAAAAAAAAGAUCGUAAAGAACGAUGUCCAAAAACUAAAAUAAAGCAAGUAGCUGCUGAUAGCACUGUUUAUGAUUUGCCAGAAACAUUGACGUACGAACCAAAAAAACAAUUUCAAAACGACAAAACUUAUAUAGCAUUAAUGAGCGAACUACAAGAAAUUGAGGGACGGUUAAGUUCAUGUCGAAGUUCCUUUCUAAAGAAUAAUGAAAAAAUUGUUUAAAAUAGAAAUUCAAAUAAUCUUUCUA